AUGGAGGGGAUGCAGGCGGCGGCGGCCCAACCUGCCGGCGGCGGCCCCCAAAAGCCCAAGACAGGGAACAGAAGAGCCAACCCCAUGGAGGUGACCUCAGCUGUGGAGAGAAGUGGUCCUGAGCCUGGACACUUCUCACGACCCUGGACUGACCCUUGGGAAGACACACCACCCACCCUGAUGAGCCCUCAGCCUCCCAGGGCAGGGGGGGCACAGCUUCAAGGCUCCUCUGUGCUAGAGUCCAAGGUGAGGGCUUUGAAAGAGAAGAUGACAGCAGGUAAACAGGGGCCCAGCCCCUGUCCCACUUCCUAUGAACAGUCAUUCCCCAAGAAACCCAAAUGUAGACGAGUCCCGGCAGGUGGAGCCAGGACUCCGUCAGAGGGGCCUUUCCUGCCAGAUGCCAUGGUGGUCCCUCAUGCUCAGGACCUGACUGACGGGCAGCUGACCAGCAGUGACAAUGAGGAGGUACCCACGAGGAAUGGGAGCCUCAGACCUCCCAGGCUACCUGCUCCUGGGUGUGAAUGCUGGAACAUGCUUCCAAAAGCAGUGUGGACACUACCUAACCAGGAGAGUGGUCUGCUGACAGGGCCUGGUUCUUUGCAAGGAAGCCCCAUCCGUGAAUUUCCUCCAGGCCAGCCUGGGAGUCCGGGCCCUGAUAACAAAAUUAUCCCCAUUCCCAGCGUGAGGAAAGGAAGCUCAUACCUGCUUCAAGAUGGUGUGGUCACAGGGGGAGACCUGGACAACACAUCCCUGGCUUCUGAGGAGGACCCUGUCCCCAGGACAGCUCUGCUGGGGGAUCUCUGGAGAGGUGAAGACCUGGGGCCACUCAGCACCGGAGGCAGCACCUUGUCCUUGUCUGAGCGGGUAGAGAGGAGCCGUCUGCUGCUGCAGGAGAUACUGAGAGUUUCUAGAUGCGGCCCCUCCAAGGGGGGGGGCCCAGCCUGGACUCCGUCCUGUGGCAGAGCUGCAGCAGAGCGACCAGCUGGGGACGUGGACUGGGACUGGGGUGACUCCCUGCAGGACUCAGACCAGAACAGGACCUUUGGUCCAAAGCUGGAGCCCGUGCUGAGCCCCAGGCAUGAAGAAGCCAAGCACCUGCUGCAGCGUGCCCGCAUGAAGGCCCGGACCCGGCCCCUCCGCGCCAGCCAUGACAUCGUGCCCACCACUGCCCUGGGCAGCCGAGAUGGCCAGAGGAGCCCAGCCCCGGCCCCCAGGGUGCCCGCUGCCUGCAGAGACAGCCUCCAGAACGGGAACAUGAGCGACUCCUCCAGCGGCGAGUCCAGCGCUGGGCAGCGGCCGCGGAGGGGCCCAUCGCCCUCGCACGUCCGCUUCGAGGACGAGUCUGCCCGCGAAGCCGAAUUCCGCUACCUGGAGCGGCUGCAGCAGCGCCAGCGCCAGGUGCUGGGCACGGUGCUGCAGGUGGCGGACCAGGGGCCCCUGCGCUCCAAGCCAGACCUUGCCGACUAUAUCAACGGGGGCCUCCGGCUCCGGGACCCGACGGAGGCAGCCUCGCACAGGCUUGAGGGCAGCCUGGACACCGGGGGCAGCGACAGGAAGUGCUGUACCUGCAGCGACUGUAUGGAGGACUGCCACCCCACCCAGGGGAAAGCAACCCCCGACCCGAGGGUCCUCCAGGAGCUCCAGGCUGCCCGGGGGCUGGAGAGGGUGUUGAUGGAGCCCCUGGGCUCCCGCGGCCUGUGCUCUCCGCUGCGGCUCCCCCCUGCAGAGCCACGGCUCCACACACAGUGGAUCCGGGAAACCCACAUUGGAGAUACCGCGGGCCCAGAGGAGGCGGACUCUGCGCUGGACAGCACUGACACGGCAUACAGCUGCAGGGCUGCCAGUGAAGAGGCCAAGACUUCUCAGGCCGGCAGGCCAUGUGGGCAAACACAGGGCAGCAGCCCUGGACUGCCGGGCUCCAGGCUGCAAGCAGGCCACAGGUGGUCCAUGACCCCGGAAAUGGAGCUACCCUGGGGCCCCCAGGCCCAGUGUCACCUGUCUGGGGUUGAUGGUGUGGAGGCGGGAGAUGAGGUGAAAGAAAGCAGAGGACACACACGCAGAGGAACUCUGUCUCUGAGAGAAGAUGCUGUCCGUAACCCUCCUGCCCUGGCAUCUAAGCCAGCAUCGCUGGGGGCCCAGUGGCAGCCAGGUGCAGGGCUGGGAGAUCACUGGGUUCCCCCGGCAGAGUCCCAGGCUCCAAGCAGGACAGCCCAUGCCAUGACCUCUUCCAUGAAGCUUGGGCCCUCAGGGCCAGUCAGUCAAGCCCGCAUCAUGGAAGGUCACAAGUCUGUUGAAAUUGUCUCCACUUCCUCCCUGCAACAGACCGAUGCAGAACCCUGUGCCCCCAACACCCAACAGCCAAUGGCUUCCCUCUCCCCGCAAGGCUGGGUGCCAACCCCUCCACCUUCGAGGAAAACCACCUCCCCUCUGUCUCACAGGAAGGUAGCCCUGGCUGGAUCCCGCAGGCUGGGUGACCAGGGAGAGCCUGUGAACUCUUCAAGAAGUGGGGUUCUCAGGACUUGUGGGCAGACUCCAGCACAAGCUCAGUCCUGCAGCCCCCGAGUUAGGCACCCGCUUCAGGGCCUGUCCACCAACAACUGCAACAACAGCGUGCCUUGGGGGCCACAGGAGCCCAGUGACCAAGCUGUCCAUGAGGACAGGGUGGAGCAGGCCCCCUACAGCCAGGAGCUGGGGCUGCCCCAGGAGAACAGCAGAGAUGGGGGACCCCAGGGCUUUCCUGGCUCCGCAGACGUUGCCACCAUCAACUCCACAAGUAUCACCCUCUCCCUGUUCUCAGAGGAGCCAGAGUCCAGCCAGGAAGCAGAUGGAGCUCUGCAGAGCACAGAGUCAGGAUCUAGAGGGUCUGCGCCACCCAGAGCACUGCCAGGGGCCAGUGUGGGACCCGGCUCACCCUCAGCUGUCCCUUCUGACAAGAACAAGAAAAGGAGCAACAGCAUCGUCUCCACCCUGGGGCUGAAGAAGUUUUUCUCGACUCUGGGCCAGAGUCCCCGGCCCAAGCUGGGCAAGUCCCGCAGCUACAGCGUGGAGCAGCUACAUCCAAGUGCACCUGGCCCGGCGUCUCACACCAGAGCCCCGUCGUUACAGUCCCUGCACCUGGUGUCACCCUCUCACCAGCGUCGGAAGGCUGCCUCUUUUCAGAACCUCCAUUCUCUGCUGAGCGGCAAGGGGGAUCGGUCCAGCCUCUAUGUGGUCGGUGGCCCAGGGGACCAUGGUACAUCUGGCAGUUUUUAUCAGAUUUUCACUGAGGUUUCUGCUCCGCCCCGGCGUGCCCUCAGCGUGGAGGAUGUGGGUGCCCCCAGUCUGGCUCGCACAGUGGGCCGUGUGGUGGAAGUGUUCCCAGAUGGCACGAGCCAGCUGCAGCUACAGCGCUCCCCAGAGGGCACCUUUGGCUUCUGUGUGGCUUCUGGGAAUGGGCGCCGGGACUCAGGGAUCUACGUGCAGGAGAUGGCCGACGUGAGCACGGCCAAGCUGUACUCCGGGCUGCUGGGGGUGGGCGACGAGAUCCUCGAAGUGAACGGGGCGAAGGUGGCAGGGCUGGGCUUGGCUCACAUUAAGGAGCUCCUGGCCCACUCGGAGAGCUUGUCUGUCCGUGUCCUGAGGCAGAGGCCUGCCCCACGGUGA